CACUAAUUAGUGCAAUUUUAGAGGUGUGAGUCUUUACGUCACGUGAUGAAUAUUUGAUCAAGACCUUUACUGCCGUCAACUGGUUCUAGAGUCUGCAAUCAGCUAUCUAACAGCUGGACAUCAGUCUGAGAAUUAGAAUGACAAAGAUGCUUGCAAUUAUUGCAGUCAUGUGCUGCAUUCAAACUGUUGUUGGGUAUCCAGGUGGAGCUCCUACUUCACAGUGUGUACAGAUGACUCCACAAUCUCCUCAUGGUUCAAGUCAGGCAACAGCUAGUCCGUAUCAGAUCACAACUAAUGCUUCAUCUGGAUAUGUGCCUGGGCGGACAUACACAGUGACCAUUUCAAAGAUCAGUGUGUCAACACCUGAUUUCAAAGGCUUUCUUUGUCAAAUUCGUCAAGUUGAUUCAACUAUUCCCGUUGGAACAUUCGCUGUUGCUGAUGGAAACAAAGCUCAGACCAGAGAUUGUACAUCAACUGCUAGUUCUGUGACACACAAAAACAGGAACACAGUUACUGACCAGACUUUCUAUUGGACAGCAAGUGCUAGCCCUUUGGGUGUUGGUACACAACUGUUUGUUAGAUGCACUGUUGUUCAACAGUUGGCCACAUUGUGGGUAGGCAUAGCGUCAACGACAUUUCAAGAACUUGCUUUGCCGGUGAGCACUACCAAGACCACAACCACCAGCGCAAGUGUUAUCACAACUGCCAGAACUACUGCUGCAACGACUGCCGGAAUGACUGCCAAACCAACUACCAGACUGACUGCCGAACCAACUACUAGAAUGACUGUCAGCUCUGCUGAUGUUUCCACUACUAAAGUUUUACCACCUCAACAACAAGCAACCUCUCAGACAACAGCAGCCGUGAUGUCUGAUUCAGCAGGAAGGCAAACCACAGAUUUAGCAGCAAGUCAGAAGUCGACUUCACCAGGAAAUGGAAUAUCUUCAUCACCAACAAGCACGAGUGGUGGCACAGCUGCAGGAUGCUUGUCUUCUCUGCAGUUGCCAGUCAUUUGCUUUCUUGCGAUUGCUGCGUUUUUUCUGUAGUCAUCUUUAUUGUGACAGCUUUGUUCAUUAGUUGCAAUUUCUGUGUGUCGUAGUGUUUCCGAUAUACAACAAUGUCUCAUGCAGGAAUGAUUAGAGUGACAGAACUAGCAGACAUUUUUGUAAAUGCUGUUGUUGUUGUUGUUGUUGUUGUUUUUGUGGUGGUGGUGGUGUUGCAUAUGGUGGUGGUGCUGGUGUGGUUUUAUUUGUCUUUUAUACAAGCAAAGAACUGUGAUGAUGUCAUACUAAUUAAUGCUGAAAUUAACAUAUAGGGGA